AGAGAUCUCUGCUCACUCCUCCCCGUGCUCUCCCUCAGUCCCUCUGUCCCUCUGUCCCUCCACCGACCCUGCACCAUGGGGCCUGCCUCAGGUCCCAGCCUGCUGCUGCUUCUGCUGAGCAGCGUCUCCCUGGCCCAGGGGGAUCCCUUCUUCACCAUGAUCACCCCCAACAUCCUGCGGCUGGAGAAUGAGGAGACGGUGGUGCUGGAGGCCCACGGAGCUGGAGGGGACGUUCCUGUCACGGUCACCAUCCACGACUUCCCGGCCAAGAAGCAAGUGCUGUCCAGUGAGAAGACGGUGCUGACCAAGGCUGCGGGCCACCUGGGAACAGUCACUGUCAAGAUCCCGGCCAGCAAGGAGUUGAGAUCAGCGAGGGGGCAGAGUUUUGUGACUGUUCAGGCGAACUUCGGCGGCACCUCAGUGGAGAAGGUGGUGCUGGUCGGUGUUCAGAGCGGGUACCUCUUCAUCCAGACGGACAAGACCAUCUACACCCCGGGCUCCACGGCAAAUCCUCAGACCCCAUUCAAGUUUCGCCAGGAACCCCUCCAGGGCUGUAGAGAUGAGUAUUUAAGGGUGCAGUGGGGAAAGUGGGUCUGUUCUAAACCCGGAUUGUCCCCCCACUCCUUCACAGGUGACCUGGAUGAAGAUAUAAUCCCAGAAGAGGACAUCAUUUCCCGAAGCCAGUUCCCUGAGAGUUGGCUGUGGACCAUUGAGGAAUUAAAAGAACCAGAGAAAAAUGGAAUCUCCACCAAGAUCAUGAACGUGUUUUUGAAAGACUCCAUCACCACCUGGGAGAUUCUGGCUGUGAGCUUGUCAGACAAGAAAGGGAUCUGCGUGGCUGACCCCUAUGAGGUCACAGUGAUGCAAGACUUCUUCAUUGACCUGCGGCUACCCUACUCCGUUGUGCGCAAUGAGCAAGUGGAGAUCCGAGCUGUUCUCUACAACUACCGGGAGGCGGAGGAGCUCAAGGUGAGGGUGGAACUCCUCCACAAUCCAGCCUUCUGCAGCCUGGCCACCGCCAAGAGGCGCCACCAGCAGACUGUGACCAUCCCGCCCAAGUCCUCGCUGGCUGUGCCUUAUGUCAUUGUGCCCUUGAAGAUUGGCCUACAGGAGGUGGAGGUCAAGGCUGCUGUCUAUCACCACUUCAUCAGCGAUGGUGUCAAGAAGACCCUGAAGGUCGUGCCGGAAGGAAUCAGAGUCAACAAAACCGUGGCCAUUCGCACACUGGAUCCAGAACACAAGGGCCAAAAUGGAGUGCAGCGAGAAGAAGUCCCUGCUGCAGACCUCAGCAACCAAGUCCCAGACACAGAGUCAGAGACCAAGAUCCUCCUGCAAGGGACCCCAGUGGCCCAGAUGGCAGAAGACGCUGUCGAAGGGGAGCGUUUGAAGCACCUCAUUGUGACCCCCUCGGGCUGCGGGGAGCAGAACAUGAUGGGCAUGACACCCACGGUCAUCGCAGUGCAUUACCUGGACCACACCGAGCAGUGGGAGAAGUUCGGUCUGGAGAAGCGACGGGAGGCCUUGGAGCUCAUCAAAAAGGGGUACACCCAGCAGCUGGCCUUCAGACAACCCAGCUCAGCAUUUGCAGCCUUCCAGAACCGGCCAGCCAGCACCUGGCUGACAGCCUACGUGGUCAAGGUCUUCUCUAUGGCCUCCAACCUCAUCGCCAUCGACUCCCAGGUCCUCUGCGGGGCUGUCAAAUGGCUGAUCCUGCAGAAGCAGAAGCCGGAUGGAGUCUUCCAGGAGGAUGGUCCCGUGAUACAUCAAGAAAUGAUUGGUGGCUUCCGGAAAGCCGAGGAGAAAGAGGUGGCCCUCACAGCCUUUGUUCUCAUCGCACUGCAAGAGGCUAAAGAUAUUUGCGAGGGACAGGUCAACAGCCUGGAGCCCAGCAUCAUUAAGGCAGGAGACUUCAUUGAAGCCCACUACAACAACUUGCAGAGACCAUAUACUGUGGCCAUUGCUGGCUACGCCCUGGCCCAGUUAGGCAAGCUGGAAGGCCCUCUCCUCAACAAAUUUCUGAGCACAGCCAAAGACAAGAACCGCUGGGAGGAGCCUGGCCAGAAGCUCUACAAUGUGGAGGCCACAUCCUAUGCCCUCUUGGCCCUGCUGAAGCUCAAAGACUUUGACUUUGUGCCUCCCGUCGUGCGCUGGCUCAACGAGCAGAGAUACUACGGAGCCUCCUAUGGCUCCACCCAGGCCACCUUCAUGGUGUUCCAAGCUUUGGCCCAAUACCAGAGGGAUGUCCCUGACCACAAGGACCUGAACCUGGAUGUUUCCAUCAACCUGCCCAGCCGCAGUGCCGUGGUCAAGCACCGCAUCCACUGGGAAUCCGCUAGCCUCCUGCGGUCAGAAGAGACCAAGGAAAAUGAGAAAUUCACAUUAACAGCUAAAGGGAAAGGACAAGGCACCUUGUCGGUAGUGACAGUGUACUAUGCAAAGGUCAAAGGCAAGGUCACCUGCAAGAAGUUCGACCUCAGGGUUAAGAUCCGACCAGCCCCUAAAACAGUCAAGAGGCCGCAGGAUGCCAAGAGCACCAUGGUCCUUGACAUCUGUGCCAGGUACCUGGGAAACGAGGAUGCCACUAUGUCGAUCCUGGAUAUAUCCAUGAUGACUGGCUUCGCUCCUGACACUUGUGACCUCAAACUGCUGAGCACUGGUGUGGACAGAUAUAUCUCUAAGUAUGAGUUGAACAAGGCCUUCUCCAACAGGAACACCCUCAUCAUCUACCUGGACAAGAUCUCCCACAGCCAGGAGGACUGUCUGUCCUUCAGAGUUCACCAGUACUUUAAUGUGGGGCUUAUCCAGCCUGGGGUGGUCAAGGUGUACUCGUAUUACAACCUGGAUGAGAGUUGCACCCGGUUCUACCACCCAGAGAAGGAGGACGGAAUGCUGAGCAAACUCUGCCAAAAGGACAUGUGCCGUUGUGCUGAGGAGAGCUGCUUCAUGCACCAGGAGGAUGAGAAGGUCACCCUGGAUGACCGGCUGGACAAGGCCUGUGAGCCAGGAGUGGACUAUGUGUACAAGACCAAGCUUCUCAAGAAGGAGCUGUCGGAUGACUUUGAUGAUUACAUAAUGGUCAUUGAGCAGAUCAUCAAAUCAGGCUCCGAUGAGGUGCAGGUUGGACAGCAGCGCAGGUUCAUCAGCCACAUCAAGUGCAGAGAAGCCCUGAAGCUGGAGGAGAAGAAACGCUACCUCAUAUGGGGCAUCUCCUCUGACCUGUGGGGAGAGAAACCCAACAUCAGCUACAUCAUCGGGAAGGACACCUGGGUGGAGCUGUGGCCUGAGGCCGACGAAUGCCAAGACGAGGAGAACCAGAAACAGUGCCAGGACCUGGCCAACUUCACCGAGAACUUGGUCGUCUUUGGCUGCCCCAACUGAGCCCCCCAUCAUCGUCCCCCCAAUAAAGCUUCAGUUAUUUUUCA